CUUUCGGAGAUUGACUAUUAAUUGGAUGUUAUAUAACACAACUCCUUUCCUAUUUUCUCAAAUGUCCCUGCCACUCAUGUCACUGGUGUAGGAAGAUUAAAACUCCAAUUGUGACAAAUUUUGACGAUCAUCUCCCUGUGCUCAGACAACUAACGUAAUUCAAUCAUGAGUGACAAUAAAUCAGGACCUCUUGAAAGACCACACAGGCCAAGUCUAGAAAAGAUUGACAUGGAUGAGGAUGAGAGGAAGACUAGGCUUGGGUCUAUCAAGAAAGCGGCAAUUAAUGCCUCAGCCAAGUUUAGGAAUUCUCUAACAAAGAGGGGCCGCAGACACAGCAGAAUCAUGUCUGUUGGUUUUGAGGAUGAACAUGAUGCCGAGGAAUUAAAGGCAGUUGAUGCUUUCCGUCAAGCACUUAUCCUUGACGAAUUACUUCCCGCAAAACAUGACGAUUAUCAUUUGAUGCUAAGGUUCCUGAAGGCUAGAAAAUUCGAUAUUGAGAAAACAAAGCAGAUGUGGGCUGAUAUGCUUCAGUGGAGGAGGGAAUUUGGUGCAGACACCAUAAUGGAGGACUUUGACUUCAAGGAAAAGGAAGAAGUCCUAAAGUACUAUCCUCAAGGGCAUCAUGGAGUCGACAAGGAAGGGAGACCAGUUUACAUUGAAAGAAUUGGUCAAGUAGAUUCUGUCAAACUAUUGCAAGCCACAACAAUGGACCGAUACCUCAAGUACCACGUACAGGAGUUCGAGAGGACCAUUAACGAGAAAAUGCCAGCCUGCUCACUUGCAGCCAAAAGACAUAUUGACACAAGCACAACCAUUCUUGAUGUCCAAGGAGUGGGACUUAAGAACUUCAACAAGUCAGCAAGGGAUCUCAUUCAACGCCUCCAGGCUAUUGACGGCAACAACUAUCCUGAGAGCUUGUGCCGUAUGUACAUCAUCAAUGCUGGUUCAGGAUUCAGGCUCUUGUGGAACUCUGUCAAGUCAUUCCUUGACCCAAAGACCACUCAAAAGAUCCAUGUUCUAGGCAAUAAAUACCAAAGCAAGUUGCUUGAAGUAAUUGAUGCCAGCGAAUUACCAGAGUUCUUAGGUGGCACAUGUACUUGUGCUGACAAAGGAGGAUGCAUGCUUUCUGAUAAAGGCCCGUGGAAUGAUCCAGAAAUAAUGAAGAUGGUUCGCAAUGGUGAGCAUAAAUGCUGCUCACACAAAAUUGUGGUCUCAUUUGAUGAGAAAACCAUCCCAGAGGAUGACAACGCCAACGCCAAGAAUGUAAAGAAGAACACUUCAUUUAAAAAAGGAACUGACUCUCCCCACGUUCAAAGGGAUAAUGUGGCUUAUCUUUCCCCUGUCCGCGAGGAAUUUGAUAUCCCUAUCGUGGACAAGGCUGUUGAUGCAACUUGGCAUAAAGCUGUAAAAGCUAAUAACUUUGCCAAUUCUAAAGAUUUCUUCCCUGUGCACGAUACUUGUAAAUCGCCCGAAGGAUUUAGCAACCCUGUAUUCAGUGGAGUGAUGACUUUAGUCAUGGGCAUCGUGACACUGGUUCGGAUGACUAAGAACAUGCCAAGAAAACUUACAGAUGCUACCCUCUUGGCUGGUUCUUUGUGUAGUGCUGAAAUAAUUAAAGGACAGCCUCAGUUAAAUGGACAUGUCAUCUCCACAAAAGAUUAUAUUAGCAUGAUGAAACGCAUGGAAGAGCUCGAGGAUAAGGUCAUUACUCUUAGCCAUAAACCUUCUUCUUUACCACCUGAGAAAGAGGAAAUGCUUAACAGUGCCAUAAACCGGGUCGAAACUUUGGAGCAAGAGCUUUCUGCUACCAAGAAGGCUCUUGAAGAAGCACUUGUUCGUCAACAAGAGCUCCUAUCCGCCCUUGAGAAGAAAAAGAAGAAGAAGAAGAAGUUCUUUGUUUUCUAAGCGCAAAAGCUUCAAAAAAUUUGAAACAGAUUGGAAAUAUUAUAGGGUUGUUUGAAUUUCUUUAGAUAGAUGCAGAGAUGGUGAUUUUUUGCCCAACAAAAGGCUGUUUGAAUGAUCUCAAAUAUUUGUAAAAUUAACUCUGUAACACUUGAAUAUUUUUUACAUUACCUGCGAGAUUUACAUUCACCCAUAUAUCCUAUGGAGCUCUAAUUGUAAAUGCCGUAUAUUAUGGCACAUUAUACAUCGGCUUGUAUUUUCUGUAAAUAAAAAUGAAAGCAGUUUGCUGUUUGCUUUUGUUCAAA